CGCAGUGGACCCGACCGCUCCGGAGUCCUCCCGCCCCCCCCCCUCGCUCUACGCGUCAUGGUUCCGGCCGUGCAUAAAAGGCUCCGCGGCCCGGGGCGCACUUGACGCUGAGAACAUUGAGUCCAAGCUUCCAGUCGUCCGUGCGUCCGGCUCUAGCCCACGCAGCUUUCAGUCAUGGCCUCUGGCAACGCGCACAUCGGAAAGCCCGCCCCCAGCUUCCAGGCCACUGCAGUUGUGGAUGGCGCCUUCAAGGAGGUGAAGCUUUCGGACUACAGAGGCAAGUACGUGGUACUCUUUUUCUACCCGCUGGACUUCACCUUUGUGUGUCCGACCGAGAUCAUUGCAUUCAGCGAGCAUGCCGAUGACUUCCGCAAGCUGGGCUGUGAGGUGCUGGGGGUCUCUGUGGACUCUCAGUUCACCCACCUGGCUUGGAUCAACACUCCCCGGAAGGAGGGAGGCCUAGGCCCCCUGAACAUCCCCCUGCUGGCUGAUGUGACCAGGAGCUUGUGCCAUGAUUAUGGUGUGCUGAAGGAAGAUGAGGGCAUUGCUUACAGGGGCCUCUUUAUCAUCGACGGCAAGGGUGUCCUUCGUCAGAUCACGGUCAAUGACCUACCUGUGGGGCGUUCUGUGGAUGAGGCUCUGCGGCUGGUCCAGGCCUUCCAGUACACAGAUGAGCAUGGGGAAGUAUGUCCCGCUGGCUGGAAGCCGGGCAGUGACACAAUCAAGCCAAAUGUGGACGACAGCAAGGAAUACUUCUCCAAACACAACUAG